AUGGAAGACUUGACACUGGAUAAUGUGUACCAGACCCUGUACUGUGGGAAGCGCUACGACAUCCCGCAGCUAGUGGAAGCCUGCUGCACGUUCUUGGCCGGCCAACUAAACGGGACCAAUUGGCUGACACAUUUCGAAAAGGCAAAAUUAUGGGACGCUGAAAAAGCCACGCAGACGUGUUUAGAGUUUGUGGACCGGUCUACUGAACUGGCGCUGCAGUCCGAACAUUUUGAAAACAUGGAGCAUGAGACGUUGAUGAUGAUUCUGCGGCGCGAUACAUUGACCACCGACGAAAACACAAUCUACUUGGCUGUCGAACGGUGGGCGGCGGCUGCCUGCGCCCGUGCCGACAUGGAGCCAACCCCCGAAAAUCGACGGCAGACGCUGGGUGCGGCACUAAACCUUAUCCGUUUCCCCAUGCUCCGCAUUGCGCAGCUGCUGGACGGACCCGCCAAGACUGGCAUGCUGCAGCAAGCCGAAUUGCGGGACAUCUACCAAUACAAACACGCCACAGUCAAGCCAUCGCUGCCUUUCCCGACCGAGCCGCGUCAGGGCGCCGUGCACCGCGUCGGCGCUUUUACCUUCAAGGACCAGGAAGAGAUCUUUGUGAAAUCCGGCGAGUUGUGGUACGCGGCCCUCGUCACGGGCGUCAGCGCGCCCAACAUAACCUUCAUCUAUGCGUACGCACAGAACGAGUCUGUGGUUGCACCCGACAAGAUUAUCCGAGCGGUGGAUAUUCUGAAACGCGGUCAACGGCUGUGUUACCACUACGGAGGUUGCUGCCGCUAUCUUGCGGAAUACGUCGGCCUGCGGCGGCCGGGAGUGCAUUCGGUCCGUUAUUGCUGGAAAGAGCACGGUAAGCGCUUUGCCAAUCUGUGCUUGGAUAGCGAAGAUCUGAAAGCAUGGAAGAAAGCCAAGCUCGCCGCCACGUGA